CUGUCUCUCAAAUAUAAUAGGAAUAACAUUACAUAAAACCAGGGUGCCAAAUGACAUGUCUUUUUUUCUGUUGCUUCUAAUCCCAGAGAGUUCAUACUAUAAUGGUGUCAGUGGCAUGUUUAAGCAUUUCAAUGUGAGAAGUCAGUUACCAGCUGAAAUUGUGUAGAACUAUCUUUGGAAUUUCACCAGAACUAAUUAUUGCUUUUGUGCAUCAGCAUUUCACUACCUCAAACAACAGAAACGAAGCAACUGUUAAUGGAGCAAGACCCUGGUGCCUUCAUAUUUCAUUCCAUGCAUUCUCUGAGCCUGAUCAUGUUUGAAAUGGCUGUCAUAGUUAUGCAGUCUUUGCACUGGGGUGUAGAAGACAAAUUAAAGGCAUGCAAUGAACGCUGUGAUGGAAACCAAUUUGCCAUGAAAGUGUGAGUUGUUUUGCCCAGUGCCAUAGAAACCCUCUCAGUGGAGUCAAAGGGGCAGGUAACCCAGCUAAGUGUUCCUUCCUCGCCCAUUUAUGGGAAAUUAACCAAGGCAGUAAUUGUUCAAUCACACAGACCAAAGCGCUCGUUGAAGGCUGCAUGUGGGCAGGCUGUUUUGGCCAGCACUGAAAUGUACUUUGCUGGUGUUGGAUUACAUGGUGGGACAUGGAGCGGAAGCAGUUGUUUAGUUAUGGGAGAAUCCUAUGUGAAGGUGGAACAUGCCCACACUGGUGGGUCAGGGGACGCUUUUGUCCAUUGGGACUGACAGCCACUCUAGAUACUGCACACAUGGGCCUGAUGAAAGCAGCCUCCUUCAAUGAGGUCCACAUAUGUCCAAUGAUCUGCUCCCCACUAUCCUUUUAACAUGUCAUAAUUGAUGGGAAGCUAGGGGUGGAAAUGUCUUAAAAUGUGCAAGUGAUUCUGCCCGUUAAGGUUUUCACCAUCAUACGUACUGCUGUGCAUAAUCAAUUGGAUACAAAUUGUCUCUUGGACUGGUUGACUAAUUGUCCAAAUGUGUUUCUUAUUGCGUGUACUGCAAACUAUUGUACUACAAUUUGUUCACAAAAAAGCCUUGGAUUAUUGUGUAUGAAAACAUGUCACCUCACGUUUGUAUUGUGUGUAUUUAUUUGUAUCUCUAUACUUUCCCAAUUUCUAUGUACUGCAAUUAUUCUUGCCCUAAUUAUACUUGUCUGUGCUCUCCUCCCACUGUUUGUUUUUUGGUUGAUGUGUUAAUUGCACCUUAAGGUGUUAUAUAGCACACAGUGAGUUGAAAGUUGUGUUUGUGGUUAUCCAUCAGCUAGCAACAAAUGCCGUAGCUGCCUGGGCUCUUGGUGAGGCGCCAGCAUCCCAUUGGCUUGGUGGCAGUGAGGCAGAACAGAGAUGAGUGACAGCCAGUGAGGAAGAGGAGGUGGAAAGUGGGGGCUGUCAUUAACUAGCCUGAUGGGCCACUGACAUGCUAACAACCUCUGCCUUGAUUCAUCAUCACAUCAGACUAGCGUUUGAUGCCCUCAGAAGGAGCUGGUGCUGUGGUCUGUACUAAAACCCUCUCAAUGUGCCAUGCUCCGAGUUAAGCUUCAUGAACUCCCUUAUAUCAAUCAUCUUUACUGCUGCACAUGAGGUAUUUUGUAACUAAGCCCUAUCAUGGCUUUAUGAAAAGUCACAGAUUGUAAACCCAUAAAGAUGAGUUUAAAGAGUUGUUUUAAUGUGUAAUAUGUUGAUUUGCUAGUUCAUGUGAAAGUGGACAGUGCAGGAGGGUGGAAGGUGGGGGUGAGUCCUUGUCUCUCACUCACCCCUGGGAGGGGCCCCGAUGUGCCUCUACCUGCCCUUGCACACCUGUCUUCCUCUCCUUAGAUCAUCUCGUCUUCCUCCACGCAUGAGUUGCACUUGGCCGGCGUGGAAAAAAUGUGGACCGGCUCUCGCCUCUCUUUUUCCCUGGCACUUUGAAGCCUAAAGUGUGAUUGCUCUUGGAUCGUGGCCGCUUUCCCUUGAACGUUUUGUCAUGAAAAGCAGGCUUGGCUCUCAGCUUUAUCCCAUAGCCAGUGAUCCAGCACUAAACCAAUCAGCCUGCUCUCUGCAGGAUACUCCUAGCAACCAGAGAGAGUGAGGCAUCGAGCAGAUAGGGGCUUUCUCUGCUCUAAAACACAUGUCCCUUUGUCUUCCCUGGAUGUGACAAACACAUCCAUCAUAAUGAUUUAAUAAAAUAUGGAAUUCAAUUGUAUUGCCAUGCUUUGAUUUAAAGUUCAAGUUGGUCAGUAAAAGUAAGUGCAACCACAAGCAACCGAUGAUCAGAUAACCUUGCUGUGAUUUCAUAUGAGAUUUUUGACAAUUUGCAAUGAAUCAGAAAUAAAUGAGUGAGGGAGUUGGAGUUUAGGUAGACCCUGUCUGAAAAAGCUGUCUGAUCAUCUGAAAAGUCAUUAACAACAGAGCCAGUUAAGUGACAACCCUUAAGCUUCACUUAUGCUCUCAUUAAAAGUUGAUCCUAUCAGUGCUCACUGCUGCUAUUUCAGACUGCAAAUUACACCAGCCAUAUGCACAUUUCCAUGACACUAAAUAACAUCAUCCAUCUUCACAAGACAUUUGGCAGAACUUUAGUCUGAUGUUUUGAAGUGUCACUAAUGGAUGAGUAUGAAUGAUAUUGUGCAUUGUUACCAAUCUCUGUCAUCUAAGGUCCUGUACUAACACAUCCACAGUUAAAUCUGAUAGUUGAGCCAGUUUCAAAGGUCCUUUAAAAAGAACAUUGAAGGCUUUUGUUAUGUAUCAUACAUGUAUUGCCUAACACUGCACUAACCUAAAUAGCUUCUCUUUAUUUUGUUCUUAUACUGCAGAGUAUUGGUAUUUCUCAUUCCCACAUUCCUUAAAUUGCUUCUCUUGUCCUCUUUGGAACUAUCCCUUUCCAUUUCCAUUUGUAAGCCAUAAAUACGAGCUCAAACAAGUCCAUUUCAAACUAAAGCCAGUAAUGGAAAAAGAGGCACAACAAUGUUGGUGGGUUUUUUAAAUCCAUGGAGAAGGUGCAUUUUGCCCCCCAAUGUUGAAGGCCCACUAAUGAUGCUGUGAUUUUUAUUUAAGCCUGCUGUGGAUUUCAGGGGCUGCUAUGUGAUCCAGGGACCUGGGAAUACCUGAGAGACCAGUGAAGACUGGUGUGAGCCACUGCCAUUGUUGUCCUAAUGCCUCCUUCAAUUAUCCACAAGCAGCUCAUUUGUGCACGAGCCCCUUACUGAUGGCUAAACCACCCCUGCUGUUUCUUCACCAAUUUCUCCCCUGAUUAGCUGGAUCAGUGGGCAUUAGAGAAACCCGGGACAGACCAAACACAGCAGGAGGAGUGGGAUCUACUUUCAGACAUCCCAGAAAUCCCUCUGUCUACCCGUGUGCCAAGGACAAAUGGAACGGAGAUGGCCAUUCAGUAUUUCAGUCCCACCCCACACACAAUGUUUAUUUAGCCACCCUUCAAACUAGACACUUUUAAUCUAUUUUCCUUUUCACUUUAGAAAUGGCAAAGCCAAGAAAUGACUGGGGGCUGCUGGAUCAGAGUGAACAUUGAUGCCCCAUUGUCGCACGCAUACACACGCACCAAUGAACAUGCUCACAGAUUCAGCUUAACAUAGAGAUUGUCCAGGUAUUUCUGAUGUUUGCCUAUUGACCUCUUUAUACCUGUGCGUAGGCUUUAUUUUGUGUUUGAACAGGUGUGGAUGAAAGCCCCACUGCAGAGGAGAGAGAGGUGCUGUCCUCUGACUAGACAGUGAUUCACCUUCCCCUGGUGUUGGGAGCAUUGCUUUGGCCAGAUGUCUCCUGCUGAUGUUCUGGAACUGAUCAAAGACAGUCAGUGCUCAUCAUGAUCAACUCAUCAGAGAUCCUUCAACACCGAGGCUACAGCUGGACCGCUUGGGAAAGGUGUGGAUGAUCUCUAAGAGUAUGCACAGGAACAAGCUAAAAGGUGUCUUAACUUGUCCAAAGUAAACCUCAGACACCAAAUCCAUGCAGAGUGCAACAUGAAAUGAAGGGUGGAAGCUGCUUCUAUAAUGUAAGUUGAAUGCAAAACGUUGUAUGGGAUUGGUGUGUUGAAGAGGUACAUUGUGGUUUUAAAUCGACUUUGAUUGAAUGAUACCAUGGUGUGAAAAUCUACCUGGAGAUGGAUCAUGGGUCAGAUUCACAUUCCUGUCUCCAUUUCUUUGAAGCCCAGCCCUCUCACUCACACCCAGGAGUCAGUCUGGGCCCACUGUGAGUCAUGUGACUGUUGAGGGAGGAGGGGGAAGAGCAGGAUAGGAGAGAACCUCACCAGACUAAGGUGAGACUCCCUUUACCUGCUGAGUGCAGUCCUCUCUUGCCUCCCCACCCAUCACCUGCAUCUCACCUGAGCUCCGCCUGAGUCUCCAUGUCAACCUUCAUCUUAGGCAGCCUUCUGGAUUGAGAGUCAAUGUAUGGCUGAUGACUGCAAUUCAUCCCUCAGAAUUGAUGGUUAAAGAUUCUGUGAGUUCUUUCAUUCUGGACCUGGUGAUGUACUUCUCAUUAACAGCCCUAUUUGAUUUCACUGUGGUAAAGAAGCCUCAAGACUUGACUCUGUUCCAUCUUGAGCCAACCUCAACAAGAAUGUUUACUCUGAUGUUGUGAAAUAACUCCUGAGAUACGUCCCAUUGUUUUGGUAUCAGUGUUUGGGGAUCAGACUGUCCCCUUUAUACCAGUGGAUGGACACUUAAGACUCUGGACUCCUCUAAGAGCUUUUGGAUAAUGUUUGGCCCUGGGCAGUUGGUCUCCACUCUUCUGCCUGCGGUCUUCCACUCGUCUGCAGCACACUUCUUCCCUGUGUUCCCCACCAGACUGGGCUCCCCUCCACAGCUCCUGAUCCCUGGGCCCCUGAUCAGCUAUGAGUCCCUGCGGAGUUACUUGCAACCAGAGCCCUGCAAGGAGGCUCUGUUCCUGGCCACACAGGCAGCUGGGAUGGGGCAGUUCACAGACAGCAUGGAUGAACAGAGGCCAGUGAAGCAGCGUCGUGCGCGGGCCAACUACAGCAGCUGGCAGCUGGAGGAGCUGGAGAAGACCUUUGAGACCACCUACUACCCUGACGUCUUCAUGAGGGAAGCCCUAGCCCUCAGACUGGACCUCAUCGAGGCCAGAGUGCAGGUGUGGUUUCAGAACCGCCGUGCUAAGAUGCGGAGACAGCUGAAGUUGCAGGGCCAGCUAGGAGAGCCAUUUCCCAGGAAGGACAAUGCUGAGGACACAACAACAGACAAACCCAACAAGAGCUUACCAAAGCUAGAGAGCUCUGACGGCGAGCACUGGGAGAGGAGGCAGGAGAAAGGAAACUAUCCCUGGAAUAAACUACCUCGUUCUGCUGUGGUGACCACCCCCAUACAGAGUACGAUUCAGGGGCCAGCAGGGGAAUGGGAGGGGAUGGAAGGGCCCAGUCCAGAAGAGUUCCGCUCCUGUAGCAUUGCCAAGCUGCGGGCCAAGGCCAGGGAGCACGAGGCUGAGAUCCACAGCACUGUGACCAGGUCAGGAGGAGGAGAGACAGCGGCACUGCAGACACAAACACAGAACACUGACGACAGAGAGAGCAACUGAUAUGGUUCUUUCUCUCUGCAUGGCUUUUGCAAACAGGUCCCUAAGACCUCAUCAUGGUUGAGGCAACUUGCCUAAAUACCCCAUCCUGGGUAUUAUUCUGUUAUUCAAUAAGGAUAUGAACUAACAUUUACAAAAGGUGCUGAUUUUUUGUUUAAUAUUAUAUAAAUGUAUUAAGUGUUUUGAAAUGCCAUUAUGUUUCUGUACUGGACAUCCUUUUCUAUCAACAAUCACGCUAAACGUGUAUUUUAAAUGCUCAGACUAGCAAGAGGUGAAUGCUUUCCAAAAUAUAUAGUAUAUCCAUAGCAACAUCUUGACAUAUUAUCCUUCAUGUUUCUUUACACUUUGGCUGAACGAGUUCAGUUUAUAUAUUGAACUCCUGUUGGAAGCAGUGUUACUUAAAAAAAAAACAUAAAACUAAGAUUACAUUAUUAUCAUUUUACAUUCCCUACUGAGGUGGUUCAUUUAAUUUUGUAUUUAAUUUAACCUUUGUUCAUCCAGGUGAGUCAAUUAAGAACAAAUUCUUAAUUUAAUAUAUUCAUCGUUUUUCACACCUAAAUAAAUCUGUACAUAAUACAUGUAAAACUCAGAUAUGCAGUCAUGACCUUCAUCCAAUACCUCUGGAUGUGAAGUGUUAUUUAGGUAUAGGGUCUUUAGAUAUUCUGCUGCAUUACUGGUGACUAAAUGCUCUUACAUUAGCCAUCAGAUUAGGGUAAGAUUAAAAGAGGUAACGCUCUGAUGACUUCUCAGUGAUCUCAUCGAUGACAAGCCCUGGCCGGGGCUAUCCUGUUACCUUCACUGCAGAACGAGAAGCAGGAUGUCUGCAUGCUGCCACAGGCCCUCGCAGGAAACAAUGGAAGUGGCUGAAACAUGACUGCCCCCAAUGACAGGAACGCUUUCUGAAGAUUACGAGGCAAAUACAUGUUGUUGUUUCCUGCGAAAGCUAAACUGUUGAAAACAAUGCUGUAAUUUAAAUACAUCAGAUAGGCUACCACUGUUUGUAUAUUUUAUCAGUAUUGUAGAAAUGUAGAUCAAUAAGACUCACAUAUUGUAUCGUCUUGAGCUAUACUAUAUAUCGAUGUUUAAAAAAAAGUACAGUAGGCUAAGACAUAUUUACAUGAUGGGACUAUAAUAAUAGCCUGUAUCAUCAUUAUCAGUACAUUUCCAGAGGUGGCACUAUUUGUCCUACUAAACCGUAUUAUGUUGAUUUUCAGAGCAUGGAUAGAGCAGCUGUUCCAAGUCUAAUGGAUUUUCAGCCUCCCAGUCAGAGCACUUCCUUUGGGUUUAGACGUUGGCCUUUUUUGUAUGGCCAAUCUCCUGUACGACAUGAACAGCCUUUAGUUCUGUGGAUGAAACAUGGGAUAUGACACCACCUGGCCAAGGUCACUGCAAAUUCCAAUGCAGAAUCUGGGAAUAUGAAUAGCGAGUUGGAAGGAAUUAAAUGAAAGGAGAAUGUAAAUCUUGAGUGCAGGGCCGGCCCUAGCCUUUUGGGGGCCCUCUUGACAG